CCGCUUUACGCUCAUCCGUCCUUCGUCUUCUGCACUGUCGCACUCACUCUACCUGCAGCAACCUCAAGCUUGAACAUGCCGGACUCCUUCUUCGCCCCUUCCAAAACCCGCAAGCGCAAGCGUUCCCAGGAAGCGCCAUCUUCCUCUCGGAAACCCGGUCGAAGCGCACCCAGCAAGAGGGGCAAACAAAAGGCCAGUGCGGCCCCGACGCCAAAGAAACGGAGAGAUGAGGAUCUCUCAGACGAGACACACGACUCGGACGGUGCAGGCGGGAUUGACGAGAUGGACCUGCGCGCGCCGGACGUCGACCCGGACGCGUACGAGAGCGGCGAAGAGGACGAGGACGAAACACCCGCGGAGAAGCGGCUGCGGCUCGCGAAGAUGUACUUGGACGGCGUGAAGCAGGGAUUGGGCUUAGCGGACGGGGAGGUCGACGCAGCGGAGAUUGACCGCGAGCUCAUCUCGGCGCGGCUCAAGCAAGACGUACUCGAGCAUUCAGGGAAAGUCCACUUGUUCGUGGCAGAUAACUACCAGAUCGAGGAUGCGCCCUCAAUACGAACGCGCGGUCACCGCUUCUCCGUCACAGGCGCUGUCGCCUCCCCUUCAGCGCGCUGGCUGUUCACGUCCGGGAAGGAGGGCGUCAUCAUCAAGUGGGAUCUGCACACCGGCCGCAAAGUGCACACCUUCCACAAGUGUAGGCCCGACAAGGGCAAGGGCAAAGGCAAGGAUGUAUCCGGGCACACAGACGAAGUAUGGGCACUCGCAGUCAGCCCGGACGGGAAGUACCUUGCGAGCGGGGGAAAGGACCGGCGAGUCGGUGUGUGGGACGUUGAGAAGAACGAGUGGGUGAAGGGGUUCUCUGGGCAUCGGGACCACAUCUCCGCCCUUGCGUUCCGUAAAGCCCCACCGACAGCGACGACCUCCACGCAGUUGUAUUCCGGCUCGUUCGACCGCACGCUCAAGCUGUUCGACCUCACCUCAAUGGGCUACGUCGAGACACUCUUUGGGCAUCAGGCGCCCGUGCUCGCGCUCGACGCACUCCGAGCCGAGAUCGCUGUGAGCGCAGGCGGGCGGGACAAGACGGUGCGCUUCUGGAAAAUCCCCGAGGAGACGCAGCUGGUGUUCCGCGGCGGGGGUGGGAGCAAGUGGAUGGACGACCUGGAUGGGAUGGAUAUUGAUGGCGAGGACGACGAAGCAGAGGGAGCGCGGAGAAAGAAGAGGGCCGAGGAGAAGGCGAAGGAGACGAGGUUCGUCGAGGGGAGCAUCGAGUGUGUCGCCAUGAUCGACGAUCAGACCUUCGUGAGCGGCGGUGACAGCGGGUCAAUAUGUUUAUGGACGACGCAAAAGAAGAAGCCCGUCUUCACACAGGCGCUCGCGCACGGACUGGACGAGGCACACGUUGAGACAGAGGAUAUGCCCAUUGUCCGCAAGCCGCGCUGGGUAACCGCCAUCGGCGCCCUGCGGUACUCAGAUCUCUUCGCUUCAGGCUCAUGGGACGGUUCGAUCCGAGUCUGGAAACUCGACGCGAAGCUCAAGUCGUUCGCGCUCCUCGGCACGAUCUCCGCUGCCGGUGUUGUCAACUCCAUCCACUUCUGCACGCCCCCGCCAGAGUUCGUCUCCAGUGCUGCAUGGGCGAGCUCGCCAGAAACACAAGAGGAAGCAUCGAGCAAGGUUCGUGGCCAGGCGCAGGCAAAGACAGUCUUGCUCGUCGCGGGCGUGGGGCAUGAAGUGCGCUUCGGGAGGUGGGUGCAGAGGAAGGGCGAGGGCGUCCUGAAUGGUGCGCUUGUGGUGGCGUUGCACGCAAGGACUUGACCGACUCUCGUAUGGAGUCCGUGUGAUGUAUUACUGACAUGCAUGCAUAAUACCGAGUCCGUCAGUACUGCUGUAGGGCACUGUGCGCUACCACUAUGCUCGCAUAGGAUCAGAGCCCUACGGGACCGCUGGCUUUGGGUGUCU